GGAUGAGGCCGCUGGCAUUGCGCUGAGUGACUGUCCCGCUGUCGCUGUCGCUAGUUUUGCUGCUUCUUUUUGUGUGCGGCUCGUGCUGUCCCCCCGCCGGCCAUCCCAUGGUGUUCAGGUCCCCUCUAGAGCUUUAUCCCGCCCACCUCUUCCUGCCCAACUUCCCCGAGCGCUCCGUUCUGCUGAGCGGCCCCCGAGCCCAGGACGAGCUGUCAAUGUUCCACCUGCCGAGCCUGAACUUCUCCCCGGAGCAGGUGGCGAGUGUGUGUGAGACGCUGGAGGAGACGGGGGACAUCGAGCGGCUCGGGCGCUUCCUGUGGUCUCUGCCCGUGGCCCCGGGGGCCUGUGAGGCCAUUAAUAAACACGAGUCCAUCCUGCGCGCUCGGGCCGUCGUCGCUUUCCACACGGGCAACUUCAGGGAGCUCUACCUGCUGCUGGAGAACCACAAGUUCACCAAAGAGUCGCACGGGAAGCUGCAGGCCAUGUGGCUGGAGGCGCAUUAUCAGGAGGCGGAGAAGCUGCGGGGGAGACCCCUGGGGCCGGUGGAUAAAUACCGGGUGAGGAAGAAGUUCCCUCUGCCCCGAACCAUCUGGGACGGAGAACAGAAAACUCACUGCUUCAAGGAGCGGACUCGCAGCCUCCUGAGGGAAUGGUACUUGCAGGAUCCCUACCCCAACCCCAGCAAGAAGCGAGAGCUCGCCCAGGCCACCGGCCUCACCCCCACACAGGUGGGAAACUGGUUCAAGAACCGCCGGCAGAGGGACAGAGCGGCCGCCGCUAAAAACAGGCUUCAGCACCAAUCUAUCGGACAGAGUGGCAUGAGGUCGUUGGCAGAUCCCGGCUGCCCCACACACAGCUCGGCCGAGUCUCCUUCGACGGCAGCGGCCAGUCCGACCACCAGCGUUUCCAGCCUGGCAGAAAGAGCAGAAACUGCCACCUCCAUCCUAUCUGUCACCUCCAGUGACUCUGAAUGUGACGUAUGAUAGGCAAAGACUUGGACCCAGGCAGAUCAGGGCUCCUAUGGACCUCACUUCAAAUUGACUCUCAUAGAAAAGACUUGAGGAGCCUAAAAGGGUGACUUGUAUGACCCCCCAAAAGACAAGCGCGACCCCCUAUUUGAGCCAUUGGACGCAAGGCCAUUGCAUGAUUCCUUUGUAUCUGGGGUCAGACCCCCCUAAGCCAAGCUUGGUGCCCCCUUCCCAGGAUCUCCAGGAAGAGGAAUCCCACUCAUCUCACCCAAGAUGCAAUUUUUCUUCUACCUUUUUUUUUAAAAAUAAUUUUAAUUUUAUUUGGUUUUCGUGUUCAUCAGACAAUCAUUUUUUUCCUCGUAAGCACCUUUUUCUUUUUUGUAUCUACACCUCUGUCACUGCCUGUGUGGGUUACUUAACUGGUUAAAUGUGGAGAAAAGAAUAGUUUAUGACUGUAACAGAAUUUUAUUUUUAUUUCAAGAUUUUAUAUGAAUUAUGUAUAUCUCAGUGAUGAGGUCACUUCCCAAUUGUAAUAUAUGUGUAGAAAAUGCUUUGUACAUAAUAUUGCGAAUGCUCUUUUUUUAUUCCCUGGUUUGUUUGGCACAUCCCCCUAACCUUUCACACUCAUGCUCACACUCACACUCACACUCAUACUCUCUCCCUUUUACUUUCUCACACUAAUAUUCUCUCUCUUUGUGACACAGUCACAUGCAACUUUGUUUAACCCUCUAUCUUGAACACACUUUUCUGCUAAAUCUCUUUGUCUGUCUGUCUCUUGUUUAGCUGUCUCCUUGUCUGUCAAUUCCUAUUCUGUAUUUUAAUCUCAGUCACUGUCUCUUUAAUUUUCCUGCUUGUCCCUCUUUCUUUCUCUCUGUCUCUUUCUAUCCCAUCUGCACUCGAAUUACAUUGCUCUCCUCUGUUCCUUGUCUUUGUCUCUUUCCUCUGCUCCUCUUUUCUCUCACUCACACUCUCACUCACACUCUCACUCACACUCCUGUUUCUGCCUAAAUUCACUAGUCAGGGUCUGAGUAUUCAGGAAAGGAUUUCACCCCUAGAAAGAGUUUCUGAGAUAACUCCAGCCAUUCUUAUGCAAAGAGAUAAACCAAACACAGAAAAACCAGAUCCUCUAAUAAUAAUAAUAAUUAUAAUAAUUAUUUCCUAUCGGCCUGGGGACACAAUGAUCCACUUUAGAGCGCUUAACAUUUGUCUGUUUACUUGUUUAUCUAUAUGUACAGUACAAACUUUCUAAAUCAAAUACAGUAUUCCGUUUUUUCUUAUCUA